AUGAGAAGAGUUAACCAACUAACCACCCUGAGCCGAGCCAUUUCCGGCGCGCCAUCUCAUCAGCGGCUGGUUCAAGGAGCAGCAAUGAUGAGCACGUACACAGCUUCAAAUUCUCAGUGUUUCUCAUGGAGAAUUGCUGACCGUUUUGGGAUAUCAAAUCCUUCCGUCGCGAGCGGUGUUGCAGGAACUAUGUUCUUUUCUGUCGCGGCUUCCUCUUUGGCGCAAGAGGUGCAAGCCAAGGAAGCGCCGCCGGCGGAGAAGUUGAUGCCCAAGGACGUUGUUCUUUACCAGUACGAAGCUUGCCCUUUCUGUAACAAGGUUAAAGCGUUUUUGGAUUACUAUAAUAUACCAUACAAAGUCGUGGAAGUCAACCCCAUCAGCAAAAAGGAGAUCAAGUGGUCUGAUUACAGAAAGGUGCCUAUACUGAAAGUUGAUGGAGAACAGAUGGUUGAUUCUUCAGAGAUAAUUGAUAAAUUGUUUCAAAGGAUACAUCCAGACAAUUCUGUCCCAGACAGUGAUGAAGAAAGGAAAUGGCGUGGGUGGGUGGACAAUCACUUGGUGCAUGUUUUGUCACCAAACAUAUAUCGAUCAGCUUCUGAAGCUCUUGAAUCAUUCGACUAUAUCACCACCCAUGGCAAUUUCAGCUUCACAGAGAGGUUGGUGGCCAAGUAUGCUGGAGCUGCAGCAAUGUACUUUGUGUCAAAAAAACUGAAGAAGAGACAUAACAUUACUGAUGAGCGUGCAGCCUUGUAUGGUGCUGCACAAACAUGGGUGGAUGCUCUGAAUGGGAGCAAAUAUCUUGGUGGCUCAAAGCCUAAUUUAGCCGAUCUUGCUGUUUUUGGUGUCCUAAGGCCCAUCCGAUACUUGAAGUCUGGUAAAGAUAUGGUGGAGCAUACCAGCAUCGGUGAAUGGUACUCUCGAAUGGAAACUGCAGUUGGAGAACCUACUAGAAUUAAGGCAUGA